UAGCAAAUGGAAGUUGGAAGUUGUCUGCAACCUGCGAUUACAGUAUUCGAAUAUGCGAGUCUUAUUAUAUGUACAUUUGAUAUGAGGCUACAUAUUAUUGACGUACGAGUAUUACUCACAAUAUCGGAACGAAAAGCAAACACGACGCUUCUAUCGAUUCCAGGUUUGAGAGAUUCGAAACAUGCCAUGCAUUUUAUUUCAGUGUGGGGUGAGAUUGUGGUCAACGUGAAACAUCCGCAGCAGAGUUGGAGCGUCCAAGAGCCGGAGGUCCCUAGAUUGCAUCCACUUUGCGAGGACCAGCGAAAUGUCCUUGCUAACCUUCAUCCCCAAUGCACUGGCGUACGUGUUCAUCUCCCUUCUCGUCUGCAUCAUUUGCUUUAUUGUUAUCUACGUCAGCCACAAGUUGUAUUUGGUGAUAAACGACAAAUUCUCAGUGGUUCCAGUGGGACAGUCGCAGAUUGCAUUUCGAAAGAAGAUGCACUCGGGUAA